GCCAGAGUGGCUGACUGCUCUGUACCCUCUUCCUGGUGUGCUCUGCAAACAACAGGAGCUAUCUGGAAAGCUGAGCAAAUGCAGUGGCGAUGUCUCAUGAGAAGGAUGUAGAACAUCAGCAACCCCACUGCAGUGCCUCGCAGUGCCAGGGUAGUGGCGGGGCGGGCGCCCAGGCCCCCGGCGGCCUCCUGCUGCCCCUGGGCCCCUCCUCCCAGACCCACGGCUCCUCCUCCCAGUCACAGGGCACUUCCAGCUCCUCCAGCAACAGCGUGCCCACACCCAGCCAGUCCUCUCAGUCCAGCUCCGGGACACUGAGCUCCUUGGACACAGUAUCCACGCAGGAACUCUCCAGUAUCCCCGAGGACCAGGAACCGGAGGAGCCCGUCCCCGUAUCUUGGGCUCGAUUAUGGGCCCUGCAGGAUGGAUUCUCCAAUCUGGAGUGUGUUAAUGACAGCUACUGGUUUGGGAGGGACAAAAGCUGUGAAUACUGCUUUGAUGAGCCACUGCUGAAAAGAACAGACAUAUACCGGACUUACAGCAAGAAGCACUUUCGGAUUUUCAGGGAAAUGGGACCGAAAAACUCUUACAUAGCGUACAUAGAGGAUCACAGUGGAAACGGAACAUUUGUAAAUAAAGAGCUUGUAGGGAAAGGAAGACGCCUUCCUCUGAGUAACAAUUCUGAAAUUGCACUUUCAGUGUGCAGCAAUAAAGUUUUUGUAUUUUUUGAUUUGACUGUGGAUGAUCAGUCUGUGUAUCCUCAGGAAUUAAGAGAUGAGUACAUCGUGUCAAAAACUCUUGGAAGUGGUGCCUGUGGAGAGGUGAGGCUGGCUUUUCAGAAGAAAACAUGUAAGAAAGUCGCCAUCAAGAUCAUCAGCAAAAGGAAGUUUGCUGUUCACUCUGAGAGAGAAGUAGAUCCAGCUCUCAAUGUUGAAACAGAAAUUGAGAUUUUGAAAAAACUGAAUCAUCCUUGUAUCAUCAAGAUUAAAGACUUUUUUGAAGCUGAAGAUUAUUACAUUGUUUUAGAAUUGAUGGAAGGAGGAGAGCUGUUUGACAGGGUAGUAGGGAAUAAACGCCUGAAAGAGGCUACGUGCAAACUCUAUUUCUACCAGAUGCUCCUGGCUGUGCAGUACCUUCAUAAAAAUGGCAUUAUACAUCGGGACCUAAAGCCAGAGAAUGUUCUACUCUCGUCUCAAAAAGAGGACUGUCUUAUAAAGAUUACCGAUUUUGGGCAGUCCAAAAUCUUGGGGGAGACCUCUCUCAUGAGAACCUUAUGUGGUACCCCGACGUACUUGGCCCCAGAGGUUCUCAUGUCCUUGGGAACUGCUGGAUAUAACCGCGCCGUGGACUGCUGGAGUUUAGGCGUUAUUCUUUUCAUUUGCCUUAGUGGGUAUCCACCUUUCUCUGAGUAUAAGACUCAAGUGUCUCUGAAGGAUCAGAUCACCAGUGGAAAAUACAACUUCAUUCCCGAAGUCUGGGCAGAGGUCUCAGAGAAGGCGCUAGACCUCGUCAAGAAGUUGUUGGUGGUGGACCCCAAGGCACGUUUUACGACAGAAGAAGCCUUAGGACACCCCUGGCUCCAGGAUGAGGCCAUGAAGAGAAAGUUCCAGAAUUUGCUUUUUGAAGAAAACACAUCGACGGGUUUGCCUCACCUCUCGGCUCAGCCUUCCACGAGUCAGAAGCGGCGCCUGGAAGGGGAUGCCGACAAUGCUGGCCCCAGGAAGCGCCGGGCUGUGUGUGCCGCUGUCUCAUGAGCUCAGGCGAAGGAGUCAUGGACCUUCCCAGAAGCUGCUGCGAUUCCCA